CCAGAUUGACGACUUCGUUGCGACUUGAGGCAGUCGGGAUCGGGAAGCAGAGAAUGGAUCCAAUAGUAUCGGCAGGCGGAAGGAAUAGACGAGACCUCUUAUCAAUGCCUGCGCUACGUUGUCCUGGGCUUGAGAGGGCUCGCUGUACCUGCUGCAGAUGGUACGUUGCGGCAACAACCUUGCGGCAAUCCAACCCACCAACGAUACCCACUACAAGUAGGAAAGAGGAGGAAGAGGAGAAAGAGGAGGAAGAGGAGGAGGGAGAGGAGGAGGAGGAGGAGGAGGAGGAGGACACGAGGCCAACCAAUUCUAACAUCGAACGAGUGCAUGGUCGAAGCGCCUACGGGAGUAACGGCGGUUAUGGCGUCUUGGGGGACCCUCACGGCUAUAGUGGAUAUGGUAGGGCCUUGGGAGGUGGGAGAUGGUGGGCAGGGGGGGGGAGACAUAAGCAUCACCUCGUCCCCUUCCUCUCACGCAUGGGUUUCUUAUGCAGUUGGUUCUUAUUGUUGACGUCAACGAUCUUCGCGAGAGGCAAGGCGGUCGAUAUUCACUACAGUGCCUUGGAGAAUAUAAUCUCCACCCACAGAAAGCCUCUGCUGGUGGAGUUCUACACCCCUGAGUGCUAUUACUGCCAACAGUUAGCCCCAGAGUUAGAUAAAGUGGCGGAGCGGUUAAAAGAUCGAUUGACCGUGGUAAAAAUUGACUCUAGGGGUAUCGGAAGCGUGGUAGUCCAAGGCACUAGGAUUAGGGAGACACCGACGUUGCUGCUGUACCGAAACGGGAAAGAAGUGAAGUGGGUGACAGAAGACUUGAGGGGGUUUCGCCACGCGUCCGUCUUGAUUCCUUUUUUGGAAAUGCAGCUUUAUCCGUUGGUCACCUACUUCUCCCAGCUUUGUGAUUUGGACCCCUUCUUGAAGUCUAAGGGGGUGGUGGUUGUGGGGCUAUUUUCCAGCCGAAAUGAGCCCGCUGCCAAAGUGUUCAAGUCGGUAGCAUCGACCUUGAGGUCCCAUAACCUCUUCGCUGCCACCAACAACACCGCCGCCAGCGCUGACAUCGCUGAGCAGUUCGAUGUCUCCAAGCUUCCCGCCAUUUUCAUCUUGCUCAAGCACAACGUCACUCUGCUUUACAGGGGCAACAAUGCCACAGAUCAAAAAGCGUUGACGUCCUGGAUUAACGAAACAGCUUUCCCACUGGUCGGCCAUCUCUCGAUGCUCACCUACUACCGAUACAACCGACGUAACCGACCAAGUCUGUAUCUAUUUAUAGACAUAGACACGGAGGAGGAAGCGGAACAAGAGAAGCAGAACGCCACAGUGCUAGCCGUCGAGAAAGCUGCAGUGAAGUUGCAAUCGCGGCUAAGUAUAGUCACUGUGGACGAUAGGGCCACAGAGGAGAACAACCGAAUGAUCCUACGCAACACUGGACUCAGCUUCUUUCGAAUUCCAGCUAUGGCUAUUCGAUCGGCUGAUAAGGCCCACUCUUGCGGAUUCAACCAGAUGUUGGACAUCACUACGGAGCGGGUACAAAAAUUUGUUGACGACUUUCUCUCCAAUACACCUUCUUUCUCUGCUACCUGCAGUCUGCAAAUGCAGCAGUACAAGCUCUCUAGGACUUCAAAGCCUCCUGCUUCCUCCUUCUCCUCCUCCUCCUCCUCCUCCUCCUCCUCCGCUUCUUCUUCUUUAUCGAGAACGAGAGAUGGAGAAGGAGGCACGUGGCGUGCUGCAGGAGCGGGGGCCUCUCGACCAUUCGAGGAUCACGAUGUUGAGCAGUACGACGAGUUUGCGACGGCGGAGAAACAACGGCUGGAGCUCAUUGAUGAGGAGAUAAAGGAAGUGGACGAGGAGAAAUUCCAGAGGUACCUUAAGCGGACGAAGAAGGAUGUUGUGGUUUUGUAUACUGCAAGGUGGUGUGCAUUUAGUGUUCAGGUCGAAGACCUGGUCCAGCGAAUCUGGCGCUCGGGGGAGUUGGAUAAGAUCAAGGAUGAGCUGAUGAUAGUCAAGAUAGAUGUGGUCCUCAGCUAUGGCGUUGACUUCAACAAGGUUAAGGUGGUGCCGGCUAUGAAGUACGUAUCGGCUCGUUACAAAGAUUAUCCUCACUGAUCUCGAGGAUGGUCGAUUCUUUGGAUCCCCCUCGAACCCUAUACGAAGAUCUUGCUCGAGAAGAGCGAGUUUUUCCUCUCGGAAAUCUCGUUCUUGGGUUACGUGGUGACGCAUGGAGGACUGCGACCAGAUUCAAGGAAAGUCGCGGCGGUGAAAGAUGCUCCAGUCCCCACGUCAGUGACGCAGGUUCGAGCUUUCUUGAGACUGGUAUCGUACUACCGUCGUUUUAUCAAAGGCUUCGCUGCAAUUGCGCGACCUCUGACGAAUCUGCUGCGGAAAGACCAGCCCCUCAGUUGGGACGCAGAGUGCGAACAGGCGCUCGCCACCCUCAAAGGCGCUUUGAAGACAACACCUAUUUUGAUCCGGCCGGACCCCACAAAGCAGUUCAUUCUUAUCACGAACUGGCAGCCAGAGGCGAUCUCCGCUAUUCUGGCGCAGAAGGGGAACGACGACCGAGAGCACGUCAUCGAGUACACUGGCACAUCUCGUACGGUGCCAGACGAACGACGAAACGAUUCAGCCCCGCAAGGUGAAUGCUAUGAAUACGACUUUGACAUCAUCCAUCAAAAGACAGAGAGGCACGGCAACGCGGACGGGUUGACACGACUGCAUCGCCCCGCUAAGUGCGACGAGAGCCCGGUCCCGCACGUCCUUUCACGAACUCUGACACCCUACCUACAGUGGUCGGCUUGCCUCGAGGAGCUGGGAGGUAAUAGCAACCCGCCAUCGCAACGAGAGUACCUGGACCCAUGGAGGAUAAUCGACCUCGCCUUCUUUCAGCCUCGAACGGCCUCCGAAGACGAAGGGCUAACGCUAGAGGAGCAAGAAGAAAAGGGCGUAGAGGAAGGCGACGAGGAGGAAGAAGAGGAAACCUCGAAAGAAGCAGGGAGCUACAGCGAAUACAACGAGGAAGAGUCGGGAGGUGAGGAAGAAGAGGAAGAAGAAGAAGAAGAGGAUCAGUUGGAGGAGGAGGAGGGAUCUGAGUGGGAGACUUUGGGUGAAGAGGCGGAACGCGCAGAGCCCCACGAGGAGGAUCCCAAGGCGGCACGAAGGAGAGAGGAGAUCGCAGCUGGAAAGCAGCCGCUGGAGUUCGCAAGUGGAGUGGAUCUGCCGAUCCCAAACGACCCGGCCAAGGAUCCCGAGCCACCCAAGAAUGACGAUGGGGACCUUGCUGCCGAGACUUCGAGCGCACCGGCAUGACGACGACGAAGCCAAUCCCCCUCCCCCUCCACCUCCGCCCGUCCACCAGGUCGAGCUCGUACCGAUGCGGGGCAUCGGGCUU